AUGACAGAACUUGACUUAUCUGCGGAGCCAAAUGUGCCGCAAACAAAGACUGUGCGUCAUAACGUACCUGUUCUGCGCAAACACCACGAACAAGAUGCCCAAGAGCUUGAGAUAUUAUUAUUAGCAUGGUCUCUUCUUCUAUAUCGCCAUAAUCACGGAAACCAUGUUGAGUUCUCAUGGGGAUUGACCGAGAUCGGAUCUUCCACAUGUCGCACCUUCACACUCAACACUGCGAAGCUGCAAUGGGAUGGCAGCAACAUUGUCGCAUCGGAGCUUGAGGUCUUUAAAACAUAUACACAACAGCAGUUACAAUCAGAAGUACCAUUCAAAAGAGACCAGUACAAGCUCUUCUUCAAUGACGAGCCUGCGACAGGUGACCUGGUCAAUUACAUCACUGAAGACGGCGACAUUUCAGUGAACUGGGGAAAUGUACAAAUCCAAGCAACACUAGUAGACGAUGCCCUCUGCCUCCGACCAACCUGGCGCGAACCUCUGGGCGCAGAGUUCCUCGCAAACCACCUCGCCCAAGCCUUUGUCGAAGUCCUCAACACAACCCUCGCCGACCCCGACGCAACACUAUCCUCCGUCCUACCCCUAGGAAAACUCGACAAGUCUGUGAUAUGGAACUGGAAUAAAGACCUUCCACCACCUGUGCCAGAGUGCAUUCACACUUUGAUCUCAGAGCAAGUGAGAUUGCGGCCCGAUGCCCAAGCCAUUUGCUCUUGGGAUGGCGACUUGACAUAUGCGGAGAUGGACAAUCUGUCUACACUGCUCGCGCAGCAUCUGAUUAAUCUUGGAGUUAAGAACGGUGACAUUGUCCCACUGUGCUUUGAGAAGUCUAGGUGGACGACAGUGGGUGUCAUGGGUGUCAUCAAGGCGGGCGCGGCUUUCGUGCUCAUGGAUCCGAGCCAGCCUAUCCAGCGACGACAGGUUAUGGCGCAACAAGUAAAGGCGACACAUAUUCUCACUUCGAGAGACCAGGCGAAAUACGGACCUGAGAUUGCGCCCGAGGCAAAGCAUGUCAUUGUUGAUACCGAAACACUCGACUCACUCGCCAAGACCAUCGAGGAUCCUUCCAGAGAACUACCUCAGGUGCCGCCCGAGUCACUUCUGUAUAUCAUAUUUACUUCUGGAAGUACCGGAACACCGAAGGGAGUGAUGCUCUCUCACGAGACGUACACUGCCAGUGCGCUUGCACGAAGCACAGGAAUCGGAUACUCAAGUAUCUCCCGUUCACUCGAUUUCACCUCGUAUGCGUUCGAUGUCAGUAUUGACAGUAUUCUAUGCACGCUAAUUCGCGGUGGGUGUCUUUGCAUUCCCACGGACAUGGACCGUGUCAACGAUUUGAGCGGCGCGAUCCGUCGUCUGAAAGUCAACAUGGUGAACAUUACACCCUCGGUCGCGCGCAUCUUGGACCCUGAUAUCAUCCCAUCACUUAACAGUCUUGGUAUCGGUGGUGAGGCUUGCUCUGCUGGCGACAUCGCUAUCUGGGGUCAACACACACGAAUUGUCAUCGGUUAUGGUCCUGCUGAGUGUACCAUUGGAUGCACCGUCAACCCCAGCGCAGCAGGCAAGCCGUACGUCAGUAUGGGUCCUGGUACCGGCGCAUGCAUCUGGCUCGUCGACCCCGAUGAUCAUAACAAGCUUGUCCCGGUCGGCGCUGUUGGCGAAUUGCUCAUCGAGGGUCCUAUCGUAGGUCAAGGAUAUCUUGGAGAUCCUGAAAAGACGAAAGAGGCCUUCAUUUCCGACCCAGACUUCCUCCUCGCUGGCGCAGAUGGUAUCCCCGGACGACAAGGCCGUCUAUACAAGUCCGGUGACUUGGUCCGAUACGAUCCUGAUGGUGAAAACGGCUUUAUUUUCGUCGGUCGCAAGGAUACCCAGAUCAAGCUUCGCGGACAGCGUGUGGAAUUGGGCGAGAUUGAACACCACAUCAAGAACUUGCUUCCUUCCGGAGCUGAAGUUGUCGCUGAGAUUAUCGCACCACGAAACCAGAACAAAGAGUCAAUGCUUGUGGCUUUUGUCGCCGAUCGCGAAGCCAAGGAUGAAGGAGAUGCACGCCAGAUUGACUUCCCGCCUCGUUUCCGCGAGGCACUUGAGGUCCUGAAUGACAAGCUCUCCAAGGUGGUGCCUGUGUACAUGGUCCCUACUCAGUACAUCACUCUAUCCAAGAUUCCCUACCUCGUGUCUGGCAAGACAGAUCGCAAGUCGCUACGAGCUCUGGGUGCAGAGAUCUCCGCCAACAUGCAAGCCUCCGCGGCUGCAAACGAGAGCUCCGAGAUUCGUGAACCACAGUCCGAGGCUGAGCUGUUCCUGCGCGACUCGUGGUGUCGUCUGCUUGGUCUUGAAAACAAACAAGUCAGCACUACGCACAACUUCUUCACAUCAGGCGGUGACUCAGUCCUUGCUAUGAAGCUCGUACCUAUCGUUCGCGACUGGGGAUACACGCUCUCUGUCGCUGACAUCUUCAACUACCCAGUCCUUUCGGAUAUGGCCAACUCUAUGCAAAAGGGCGAUAGCAGCAAGGGCGUUGAUAUGCAAAUUCCCGAGUUCUCUUUGCUCAAGGAUGACAUGGAUCGCGAAGCUUUGUGUGCUGAGGCUGCCCAUAAUUCUGGAUGCGAUGUCAGCGCGAUUGAGGACAUUUAUCCUUGUGCGCCCAUGCAGGAGAUUCACAUGGCCUUUUACACGCGAUCAAAGGAGAAUUAUGUUGCGCAGCGAAUUGCCGACAUUCCUGCUUCUAGCUCAAUUGACAAGCUCAAGUCGGCUUGGAAUGUCGUCUACAAGGAGAGCCCAAUCCUUCGUACCCGCAUUGUUGAGUUCAAGCAACAUGGCUUCAUGCAAGUUGUUGUCAACGAAGCUCUGCAAUGGGAGGAGGUUGACUCCAGCCUAGAGGACUUCAUUGAGAAGGACAAGAAGGAGUCCAUGUCUCCCGGCGCACCUCUCUCGCGCUUUGCUAUUGUCACCGACAAGGCUCUCGACAAGCGUUACUUCGUAUGGACAGCCCACCAUGCUAUCUACGACGGAUGGUCGACAGACCUCAUUGUUGAGCAUGCGCGCGCUGCAUACAAGGGCCAAGAAGUGUCGCGACCCGCGCAAUUCAAGCACUUCAUUCGCUACCUUGCUGAAGAUUCGCGCGAGUCCUCCAAGGCUUACUGGAAGACACAGCUCGCGGGAGCCACGGGACCUCAGUUCCCCUCGCUACCAUCACGAUCCUACAUCCCCGACCCUACGUCCUUGACUGAGCGAUUCAUCAAGCUUGACAAGGCCGCCAAGUCGGAUAUCACCAUCGCCACUGUCAUUCGCGCGGCUUGGGCUCUGCUCGCGUCCCAGUACUCAAUGAGCGACGAUGUUGUUUUCGGAGAGACCUUUAUGGGCCGAACCAUUCCUCUUCCUGGAGCCGAGUUGAUUGAAGGACCUAUCCUUGCUACAGUCCCAGUCCGCAUUCGCCUUGAUCUCACUACAACCGUACAGGACUUCCUCCGAGCCGUUCAAGAACAAAGCGUCAAACGCGCCGCUCACGAGCACCUUGGUAUCCAGCACAUCCGAAGACUCAGCGACGACGCGCAGAUUGCUUGUGAAGUCACCAUGGGUCUAGUCGUCCAGCCUCAAGAUCCUGAUCCUACCGAGACUGAGAACGACGCUCUCCCGUCAUUCCGGGGUGGUGAUGCCGCUCUCGAAGCUCUGCACUUCAACUCGUAUCCACUAAUGUUGGCUGUGUCUAUGCAAAAGACAGGUUUCCGACUCUUGGCAAGCUUUGAUUCGGAGCUCUUGAGUCACGUUCAAGUUGAGCGCGUGCUGUCGCAGUUUGAAGUUGCGAUCAAUCAGCUUCGUGGGGAUAUGUCGCGCUCAUUGAACGAACUCACAUGCCUGGGUGAGGAGGAACUUGGUCAGAUUUGGGAAGCCAAUAAGCACGCACCCGUGUCUCCCAAAGACAUCUCCAGAUUCUUGUCCACCGGCGACAAAUACCCUACUGUCCAAUACGUCCCUUGGGUCGUACAGCCUGGCAAUGAGAAGCUUCUCAUGCCUCUAGGAAGCACUGGAGAGCUUCUUCUGGAGGGUAUCGCAUCAGCUGGCGAUGACGAUGAUGUUGUCGAUGCUCCCGAAUGGCUCAAGGAGGGUGCCAUGGGCUACCCAGGACGACAGGGCAAGCUGGUUCGCACUGGCGAUCUUGUCAAAUAUGCCGAUGACAUGAGCUUGGUGUUCAUCGGUCGCAAAGAUGCCAUGACCAGCGUAGAUGGACGUGUCGUGGACCUCAACGCUACCAACAUUGAGCUCAACCGACUUCUCCCCAGCAACACCAAGGCUGUGAGCAGACUUGUUGUCCCCAAGGGCUCAAACAGCCAAACACCCGUGGUAGUUGCACUCGUCCAAGAGACUUCUGCUAAGGAUACUCAAUUGCUCAAACUGGGUCUCGACAUCAGCGAUGCUUCAAUGCCGUUGUCGCAGGCUGUUUCCGUUGAGCUUGCGACCGCCAUAAUCGGUCUUAACAAGGCCAUGGUUGAGACUCUGCCACCUUAUGCAAUUCCUUCAAUCUGCAUUCCUCUCGAUAACUCGGCGGACAUUGAUUCAAUCGACACCAUUGUCGAGAACAUUACUUUGUCCUUGGUAGUUGAGCUGCGCAAGUCUUUCGCGUCUCUCAAGAAGACCAUCGCGGAUACCACCGUCUUGACCACAAAGGAGCGCGUACUUCGCGCGUCCUGGUCCAAGUUCCUUGGCAUCGAAGAGGAGAAGCUUGCGCUUGAUGAUAACUUCUUCCGUCUGGGUGGCGACUCAAUUGUAGCCAUGCGAAUGGUCUCGGCUCUGCGACAAGAUGGCUACCGUCUCUCUGUCGCGAGUAUCUUCCAGAACAUGCAGCUUAGAGGCAUGGCUGACUCGCUGGCUGAGAUCUCUACGGAGAGUGUUGAGGCAGCCAAGGAGUACACUGCCUUUUCGAUGCUGGACACAAAUGAUGUUGAUAGCUUCUUGGCGAAGGUUAUUCGCCCUCAAUUGGCAGACCCCAAGUGGAAGAUCAAGGACGUUUUACACGCGACUGGACCUCAAGCUGGCGACGUCAAGCAAUCUGUUUUCGCGCCACGAAGCUCGGUUCAGUACAACAUGCUCUACCUGGAUCAGUCAAUUGACACUGCCCGCCUUGUUGAUAGCUUCCAGUACCUUGUUUCGCAACAUGCCAUUCUUCGAACAGUGUUUGUUGAGAACGAAGGACAGACUCUGCAGGUCGUGCUUGAUGACUUGAAGGUGCCUGUUACGGAGCAGAAUGUUGAGGGCUCAAUUGACGCCGCUGCCAAGCAGCUCGCUGUAUCGGAUAUAAACAGCAGCAUCGAUCUUACCCAUGGAUCCUCAUUCAUCCGCUUGUUUGUCCUUCGUGGCGAGAGUGAGAAUGCUUUAGUCAUCCGAAUCUCGCACGCUCAGUAUGAUGGUGUUUCUCUACCCGAGCUCCUCCGCCAACUCGAGCUUCGAUACCGUGGCCUAGAGAUUCCAUCCUCUGAGCCUUUCGAGACCUACAUUCAGCAUCUUUCCGCCGCUAAACCUCAGAACGUCGAGUUUUGGCGCAAGACUCUUCAAGGGUCUUCGUACACUGAGAUUGCUCCCGCCGCUGAUCCUCAAAAGAAGACCGCCUUCAUGACAAAAGAUGUGGACAUUUCUGGAGCUUCGCCCAACACGACACACGCGAUGUUACUCACUGCAGGUUGGGCCAAGGUCCUGUCGCAGCAUCUUAACGUCUCUGAUGUCACUUUCGGUGGUAUUGUGUCCGGUCGCGACGUCGAUGUUGCUGGUAUUGACACCAUCAUGGGUCCCUGCUACCAGUACCAACCUGUUCGCGUCAAGUUCGAGUCCAACUGGACAGCAACAGACCUUUUGGACUCAGUACGAAGCCAAUCCCUCGAAGGUAGUCAGCGCGCUACACUUAGCUUCCAGGAAGUCCUCAAGGAAUGCACGAAUUGGCCGGCCGGCACUCCCUUCUACGGUUCCUUCACGAACCACCUCAACAAGGAGUUUUUCGACUCCAUUCCCUUUGCUGGUACCAAGUGUCGCGUAGACUACUCGAUUCCUCACCCUGAGCCUGCGACACCGCCUCGUGUUGUAUCAUUUUUGGAGGAUGGCAGGACGCAGAUUGGCAUUGAAGCUGACGAGGAGCGUCGGGAGUUCUGGGAGGCUCGAUUGGGCGAGUUGGCAAAGGUUAUCGAGGGCUUUGUCAAGAAUCCCCAAGCAUUGAUCUAA